UUGUUACAAGUAAAUACGCCUAGAACCCUAAAACAACGUUCAGCAGCUCUUGGAGUUGCACGAACAUCAAAAUCGCAGCGAGAACCCUUCCAUUUAUAUUAAAAAAAAACAUGGGGAAGAAGAGAAAGCGCAGCGAGAAGACUGAAGCUGCGGCGGUUCCCAAAAAGGACGAUGUUGCUCCAGAAAGACCAGUAAGAACUCUUUUAGGAUGGAAGAAUAAAACACAAAACGAGAAUGAAAAUGAAAUUGAGGUCCAGGAUAAUGGUUCCUCACCUAUAUUCAGAAACAAAGAGAAAGUCUUGGUCACUUGCUCUAGGCGAAUUGUUUUCAGGUACCGACAUUUGAUGUUGAACAUUGUAUCGCUUCUGCCUCAUUGCAAGAAGGAUAACAAGGUUGAAUCAAAAGAAACUAAAGGGGCCACAUUGAAUGAGCUUGUUGAGCUCAAAAACUGUUCCUCUUGUUUAUUUUUUGAGUGCAGGAAGGCAAAGGAUCUUUAUCUCUGGAUGUCAAAAUGCCCGAAUGGCCCGUCUGUUAAAUUUUUAGUUAGUGCCGUGCACACGAUGGAGGAAUUGAAGCUAACUGGGAAUCACCUAAAAGGUUCCCGCCCACUUUUGACAUUUUCAUCAAAUUUUGAAAAAGAUGCAUACUGGAAACUGUUGAAAGAGAUGCUGUUGCAGAUAUUUGAAACGCCAAAGGACCAUAGAAAGGCUAAGCCUUUCCAUGACCAUGUUUUUGUAUUCUCAAUAGUUGACGACCACAUUUGGUUCCGAAAUUAUCAGAUUUCUGUUCCUCAUAAUGAGUCAGACAAAUUACCUCGAGGAGGCCUUGAUAAAAUGACAUUAAUUGAGGUUGGUCCGCGGUUCUGCUUGAACCCAAUUAAAAUAUUUGGUGGCAGUUUUGGAGGUCCAACUCUAUAUGAGAAUCCAUUCUAUGUGUCGCCAAACCAGAUUCGAGCUUUGCAGAAGAAGAAAAAGGCUGGAACGUUUGCAAAGAAAGUCAAAGCAAAGACAAGGAGAAAAAGGCAUGAGAUGGCGAAUCCGCUGGAGCCUGAUGAGUUUGCUGAUAUGUGGAAAGAUUAAACUUAAAUUCACCUGCACCCAUUCACCUUAGAGUGAUUUUGAAUUUUAGAAUUGCUAUUUAGGAUGCACUUCUAUGUUACCAUCAAACUAUGAUCUGCAUCAUAAAAGGUAGAUUACUGUGAUUCUGUAAUGUUUUCUUUAAUUCAUGUGGGGACUA